AUUUUGAAGCCACUUUGGUCUUUUAUCUUCGUCAGAUCCAGUCCCAGGGAAAGACCUCUUCUACCGGUCCCCCCAAACCGGCCAACAAGCUGGACAACAUGCUGGGAAGCUUGCAGUCCGACCUCAACAGACUCGGGGUCCAGACGGUGGCUAAAGGUGUCUGCGGAGCCUGCAAGAAACCCAUCGUUGGACAGGUGGUGACUGCCAUGGGCAGGACGUGGCACCCCGAGCACUUUGUGUGCACCCACUGCCAGGAUGAGAUCGGCUCCAGGAACUUCUUUGAGCGUGAGGGACAGCCAUACUGUGAGAAAGACUACCACCACUUGUUCUCACCACGAUGCCACUACUGUAAUGGACCCAUACUGGAUAGAGUAGUGACAGCUUUGGACAAGACUUGGCAUCCAGAGCACUUCUUCUGCGCCCAGUGCGGAGCCUUUUUCGGACCCGAAGGUUUCCAUGAGAAGGAUGGGAAGGCGUACUGCAGGAAGGACUACUUUGACAUGUUUGCCCCUAAAUGUGGAGGCUGUACCCGUGCCAUCCUGGAAAACUACAUCUCUGCCCUCAACUCACUCUGGCACCCUGAAUGCUUCGUCUGCAGGGAGUGCUUCACGCCAUUCGUAAACGGCAGCUUCUUUGACCAUGACGGUCAGCCUUACUGCGAGUCUCACUACCACGAGCGGCGCGGCUCGCUGUGCUCCGGCUGCCAGAAGCCCAUCACAGGCCGCUGCAUCACCGCCAUGGCUAAGAAGUUCCACCCGGAGCACUUUGUGUGCGCUUUCUGCCUGAAGCAGCUCAACAAAGGCACCUUCAAGGAGCAGAACGACAAGCCCUACUGCCAGGGCUGCUUUGUUAAACUCUUUAGUUAGACUGUGUGGUUGCGUUUAAAUGUGUAAGUACGCGCGUAUGCACAUUUCUGAAUGCACGCGUGAAAUGUGUGUGCACUCACAUGUCUAGCAUGAGUCAGUUUGACCCUCGACACCGAAGGGUCCUCUGGCUGUCCAACCUCUCCGGCUUGGCAUUUCACACUUUUGCUAAAAGACAUUUUGAACAGAGCCCAAAGAGAUUUUUAUUUAGAGUUCUUCUCCUGUGUGCAGCAAAGAAAAUGUGCUAAUUUCCCCUUUCACGUGUGUGUGUACAUAAAUAAGUAUAUGGCUGUUGAGUUAAGACCUCCUCAGAGCCCUGAUUUUGAAAAUGAUUAAAUUCCCCCAUAGCAGGUCAAGACUUUUCAAUCUAUGGUGGUUUUAUGCAGAUAUGAGAAGCUGCUCAAUUGCAUGGACCAGGGUGAGUUGACUUCAGCAGUGUAUACGCAGAAUCUGUUGAGUGUUGAAUACAUAGUGAUUGGCAAAUCAGUGUUAGAAUGAUCUGUGAAAAAUAUGUAUUUUUCUAGCUUUGGAAACAAUUGAGGUGCCAUUUAAAAAAAUAUAAAUUGAAACUCUCCACAUGUAAACAGACACACACUGAACUCCUUUUUCACUUCUUUAAAAUACCAGUGUAAACUCUUUAAACACUCCAACACAGAUCUCUUGAUGAGACGUCUUAAGGUGCAUUUUACAGGUGUCGGCAAGAUAUUAGCUAGUCCUUAUUUUUCUACUGUUUUACUACGAAAAAGAACUCACGUGAUUUCUCAGUUUCAGAAAACAUUACGUUUACAUUACUCUUGUUAAUUAACAUAUAGAUAAGUUGCCAUUUGUUUCGCUGUAGUAACUCAGAACUGUUUCAUUUUUUGCUACCCCACCGCAAAGGGUGUGUUGUGUCAAUCACAUUAAUAACCAUCAAAAAAUGCAAACGGUUUUGACAAAAAGUAGGUCAAUAACAAAAACAUAUGUACCGUACUAUGAUUAUUAAAGUUGAACGUAAGGUGCAAGUUUUAGCCAACAUUUUUGAGCCAAAACAAAGUUUAAUGUCUUUACUCCAGUUUUAAUGUGGAGAUUCUAUCUUCUGAAUGUAAUCACACAGAAAAAGAAAAGAAUAAAUGACACUGCAGUUUAAUUUACGAUUGCUACUGUGUGAAUUUAUCACUGUAUUAAUAAGGCUGGUUUUAAAUACGGUUGUGCAUUUGGAUUAGAGGCAGGCUUUCUUUUGUGUGGAGUUUUAUCAGCAGUAGCUGCCAGUUGCUGUUACAAUCACAAUCUAAAUUUGUAUAGCUGUAAUAUGCUCCACUUUGAGACAGAACUGUGUUUUGUCACUGUUUUGAUGAAAAUAUAUAUAUUUUUUGAGAUGUUGUGGCUCACACUGAUAUGCAAAGAGCUGGCUCUAUUGGCAUGUAGGCUAUCAAUAGUUUACCCUAUUCUUACACACACAACACCAACCAGCUUUGAUUCCAGUGUGUCAGACUUCCAAUGAAACGCAGCCCUUAUUAUUUUCUUUGUGAGUCCUAAACUGUGAUCUUGCUGUCUGAGCUGAAGUCAGCACUUGGCUCUCUGAUGGAUGCAGCCGGGUGUUAGCUGGUCAGGAAUCAGAAUACAGGGCCAAGCCUCUAGCAACAUUUAUGUAUAACUCAUUUCAUCUUUAUUUUCUCUGUUGCUCGAUUUUGCCACAUAUAUGAAACAAUUGGUGAAUGGUUUUUUCGGACAAUAUUAAUUGUCUUUAUGAUCACUAUGCGUGUAUCCACAUUUGGAUUGUUUUUAUUUUGUUUAAAUGUUUGCUCUUGUGCCAAAUGUGACAAUGCAAUAAGGUCUUAUACACUGUGGAGUUCUCAACCCUUCCUGUGAUUUGACUCUUUAUGGGCUGAACUCCGGGAGAGGCUUCGUCUGCUGCGGUGCAUCUUAACUCAUAAACGUUUACACUGUAAUAAACAGUCGAGUCAGAUUUACAGGAAGUAGCAGGGGGGAAGUGAACAGGAAUUGUGAGUUAAUGUUGCUCCAUGUAUAUUUAUCUGCUUACAGAUUAUUGCCUUAUUGUUUUUGCUUCUGUCAAAGAAUUCAUUAAAAAAAAAAUCUACGCCUUUUAUUAAUGAAAUUGAGUGAAUUUGUAAAUGGAGACAUUCAUGUGAUCCUUUACCAUUUACAUUUUCUCACGAGCCACACAUUUUACUGGCUCUUUGUGUGGGUGGGGUGAAAGACUAUGAUUACUGACUGAUUAUUAUACCUGCUGCGAA